AUGGAUAUGGCAACGUCUUUUUCGGCGUAUUCGUCACACGAUAGCACAUUGAUAACACCCCCAUCGACAUCAUCUUCCAAUUGUGUUGGACAUCAGAAUGAUAGCGACUGUGGAAGCUGGUUAGUUAUUUAGAGAAUUGGGUUAAAAAGGACUAUUUUGGGAGUCUAGAUCUAUGAUCUGGAUCAUCAGGGCGAUGAUUUUAUUUUCCUACAAUGAAACGAGCACUGUUCCAAUUUCUGCAGCUCUCUAUCAAAUAAUUUAUUCUAGUUUGUCACAGUAUUUUGAGGAAAAUCAUAGAGAGAAAUGGGAGGAGCUUAUAUUACAGUACAGUCAAACAUUUAGCUCAUAACACUCGUAACGUUUUUCCAUUGGGUGCACAAUGCUACAAAAUUGAAUAGAUUUUUCAAGUUUAGGCUCAAAAUAUUGUACUCAAAACCAAAAACCAGAUUUUAAAUUUUUGAUGAUAUAUAUGAGAAGGAAAAUUCUCACAUUCAGAUUUAUUCUCCUUCAGAUUUCAAAAUAUCAACACUAAUAUUUACUUGGGAUUAUUUCCUUAUAACAGCUAAUUUUCUAUUAAGACUGUAUCAAAUUUUCAGAGAUUUUAUAUCUCAUGUAUUGUGCUUCAGGAAAAAAUUCCUCUUCCAAAUCAUACGACCAGUUCUCAGUUCAAACUAUAAAAACAUUAUUUAAUGAAAUUCUGGAAGGCCUACAAAAUCCCUAAUUAAUUGUUAGAAACAUUGACUCACAAUCAAAAUCAGAACUAUUCACGUGAACUUCCUCCAGAUUUUUGAAGUCAUCUUAUUUUAAUUUUCCCCCAUAAUUUUUGUAAGCUAGUUGUACUACCAAUGUUGCGAUAUUAGUUAAAAAUAUCUCAAAGAUCGUUUCUUCGAAUCAUAUAAAAAAGAAUACGUGGGUUGAGAAGAGAACACUCCAAGAAUUUUUAAAGUUUUUGCAGGUGCUUUUUUUCAUUUUGGUUUAUUGAUUUUCCGAAAAAUUGGUCUGGAACUCCAAAUAUUUUUUUUCAAACAAGUUUUCCUAACCCAUAAAAUCAUCAACAACAAAUAUUCAAUUUCAUAGCAUAAAAUAUCAAUUGAAGUGAAAUGAAAUGACGUAAUAAAAAAUAAUAAUAUUCUCUGAAAAUUUCCAAAGAACGCUUGUAUUCUUCUAAUUUUCCCUCGGGCUCUUGUCAUCAAUUUUGUGACUAACAGUCGUCUUCAUAUUUAGGUACGCUUCUCACAUCAUAUAAAACAUGACAAAUGUUAUUUUUACUCUUUCCCAAUUACUAUUUGACGUGCUCUUUUUCCACACACACAAAUUGAAGAGGCGGAGUAUUCUCAAAAAACAUCAUAUUUCUUUUGCAUACUUCUCACUUUUGCAUAUCCUUUUUGACCCAAUCCAGAUGUGUUAUUUGAUUUGAUAGUCUAGACACAUCUUAUUUUGUUUAUUUUAUAAUUAUCAUAGUUAGCUUAACUAUGUCUCUAUGAGAAGCUCCACGGUAAAAAAAAUAAAAAAGAGAAGGAAAUUGUCCGGAAAUUUUUUAUUUGAUUUGUUAAUGUCUAUGAGAAUAAUGUGCAUAGUGUGAAAUUUUCUGGGAAACGACGCAAAAUAUACAUCUUUCCGCUGAAAUUUGAUAUCUUCUACAUAUACUGAUUUAUUAGCACAUUAUUUCUUUCUGCAUAUGUACAUAUAUCAAUAAAAACCCUUUCUUGGGCAAUUCGGCAAUCAAGUUCAAUUUCCGGCGCCAACACCAAAAAUUACAUGUUGUUUUUUGUCUUGGGAUACGCCGCCCAACCUUUUUUUCGUUCUACAAUCACCUUGGAAACCGACACUGAUUUUUAAGGGGAAGCCGAAUGUCGUUUUUGUCCUUUCUCUCAUUUUUGCUCGUUGUAUAUGCUGUGUGAAGACACGCCCACAAAUUAUUGUCGAGCAACUCUGAUUUCAUUUAUUCAUUCAUGAUCUUUCCCUUUUUUUCCAGUUUUUGUACUCGUUUUGUGUUCUCAAUCCUUUGAGAAAAUAGAAAAUAAAACACCUAAAAAAUUCAAUUUCCAAGGCCACAAAUCACUUAAACCAUUCUUUGUCAGUCAAAAAAUGCAAUAUGCACAAGCAUUUGUCAAUCGUCCAAUAUAUAAAAGGGCUUUUUUCCUUUGAAAAAAAAGUGUUCUUUUUUCGUCCUCUUCGUUUUUUUUUGUUUCGACAGAAAUAGAAAUCGUGUGGCGCAUCAAAAAUAAAAAAAAAUAAUAUUUGAAAGAGCUCCUUUUUUAAUUGCGGGGUUGUUUAGUUCACGUCAUUCCUUCUCCUUUUUCCCUUUUUGAGCCGAGAAGAGCCUUGCUCUUUUCAUACUGCACUGUCAAUUAAUAUUCAUUUUUUUCAGUGUUCCCCCAUAUAUAAAUAUAUGUAUAUGUAUGUAUAAAAUUUGAAAAAUCAAACAUUUUUGCAGCUCUGGUUUCGGUGGCAUGCCAAAUCACGAUAUUUCCGACGAGGCGGCUAGUUCAACAUCAUCUCAUCGACCACAGCGAAAAUCUUCAAACUCCGUGGUUCAACCACAACCACCACCACCUUUGAUGCCUCUUCCACAACAACACGCUGUUCCACCAAGUAUGCAAACAUACACCCAUAAUCCACUUCCACUACCAACACAACUUCAAACAAUUCCCUAUCAUCAUCAACAAAUGGUACCACAGUAUAACACACAAAUGAUGGCGUCACAACAACACGCGUUGUAUACUGUACCGCCACCAAACAUGCAGGGAGGACCUCCGCCUCCACAGCCCCCUCAACACACAAAUAAUGGGGUUCCACCUUGGAUGGGAAAUGUGAGCAAUGGGCCAGCAAACAGUAUUUUUGUGCAUGUGCAAUCUGGUGAAACUUUGACGUUGUAUAAUUCUGGAGAACCACAACAUAUCACUGGUGAGUUUUUUUCUCGAAUUGAGGAAAAUUAUGGGGAAGAAUCAAAAAAUCAUCUACAGUAGAAUUCAAAUUUUUUAUUGAAAUACCACGUAUCAAACAUACCCAGGAUCAUUUUUUGCACGCAGCAAAUAAUAUAUCGCGUGUUCUCACAUUUUUUUUCUAGAAUAAUUACUUUAAAGGUGAAUAGCUUGAAAUAACCUGAAAUUACAUACAGUAGGAUUUUCCAACACACAAUGUAUUAAUCGUACCCAGAAGCAAUUAUUCUCAAGUUAAAAACAAAGUUCGCAUGUCCACCUAAUUGCCAUAUCAGAAAUAUUGAUUUAAAAGCUACAUAUCCUGAAGUCACCUACAGUAUGCCAUUUUAUUAUUUUCUAACACGCAAUGUAUAAAGCAUACCCAGAAGCAUAUAUUUCAGAGUUAAAAACAACAUUCUUGUGAUCACCUAAUUUUCAUAUCUGAAAAAAUGAUUUUAUAGACAAAAACUUAGGAUCACCUACAGUAGGUUAAUGAGUUUCUCACACGAAAAGUAUAGCUAUAAAAUUUUUGAAAAAAUAGUUUGUAUGUUCACAUCAAUUUUCCAGUGAUUUUUGAUUAAAGAUAUUUUCGCUAAAUUAAACAUUAAUUGAUUAUCAUUUUGAAAUGAUUCAUGCUCAAUGAAAUUUGAGAAAACUUGCACUUUUAUAACAACAGAACUAAACCAGAACCCCACAAUCAAUGAUAUUUUGAGUUAUUCUGAAAAUUCGUCAUUUCCCUAAUUUUCGAUCUCUCCACAAAACCCAUGUCAUAGAAAACAACUAGUUAGUAAGAAACUCGCUCUCAUACUCGUGAUUUUUAAUUAUACUUUUCCUUCGAUUUUGCAAAACAAAAAUACUAAUCUCAAGUAAAUGUUUUGUCUAGACUUUUAGUUGUACAUAAAACAUAAUACAAAGAUUAAAAUUAGAAAAAAAUUAUUCAUGAAAUGAAACAAAAAAUCAUUCAAUUUUUCUUACAGAAAGUUUUCCAGGACCGGCCUCUAUAAAAAUGGUAUCUGAGGGAGGUUUUUCAAAUCUCCCCUUACCAGUGACGGUCACACCUGGACAUCAAUGCCAUCAAUUUGUUGACGAAUUGGUAAGACCAAAACUUCUAGCGUAUUUGAGAAGUGAACAACUUUACAUAUCUUGUCCAACUUCUAAAUACCCCUAUCAGUAAACUCGUCAUUUUUUUCAUAUUUCAUAUUCAUAUUCAUUCAUAUACGCACCAUUUUUCUCUCUAGGGUAUUCUCCGUCACGUUGUGUUGUCUCUCGAACCACCGAACAGUCGCACUCAAUAUCCACGGGAAAUGAAUGUAAUUUCUCGACUUUUUCCAACUCUCUCAACACAUCCCCUGUUUUUCUAGGUUCCUCAACUUGUUCAACCAACACCUUCAACAUCAACUACACCAGCGCUUCCAGCUCCAGCUAUUUCACCGUCUCAACCAAUUUACAACGGAUUACCACAAAAUGGACUUCUCCAAACUCCUCCAAAUUUUCAACCAGUUCCACAGCAACCACUUCAAGGAACUAGUAACAAUAAUAAUAGCAAUAUCAGCAAUAAUAAUUACAGUGCUAGAAAAUGGAUACCAAGACUACCAAUUACACAAGAAGUGAGUAAUUUCUUCUUGAUUUUUUGAUAUUUUCUAUUUUUAUGACCAUCUUUUUCAGAAUUAUUAUGUUGAUGUUGAUCUACCGGAUCCUGAAGAAAACGAACGAUUCAAAAAACUGUUGGGACUUGCGCUUGCACCAACUAUUGAACUUGUCCUAACAUCAGAUGUUGAAGUGAAAUGGCGGAAGAUUGAUUUCAAUGAUCCAAUGUUUGCUGGAGUUUUGCCGCCACAUGCAGAUCCAGCGGAGAUUAUUUAUUGUGUUUCGAUUUAUGAAAGUACUGGGAGACAUGUUGGAUCAUAUCCGUAAGAUUUUAUUCUUCGUUUUUGAAAAUUUUAUUAAUCUUUCAAGAAAAAUGCAUAUUUUUCAGUUGUGAGCCAACUGCUGGCGGGCUCCGAGUUUCAAGUUUGCGCCCGAAUACCGAUUAUUACGUUCACGUAAAAGUAACUAUGGAGGAUCGUGGUAUCUACGGUGAUCCAUCGCCCCAUUUAUUUUUCCGAACUGCACCCGGACGACCAGAACCACCAUUAAUUCCAACAUUGAUGAGUCGCACCAGUGAUUCUGUUCAUUUGUCUUGGAGACCGUCAGUAAACAACGGUGCCGCUGUGAAUCUAUACAAUGUUUAUGUUGAGCCAUUGGGUGAAGAAGGAAACUCCACUGUCUUGCAAUUUGGUGAUAUCGAAGCGAAGAUAAAUGGUUUGAAGCCUGCGACUGCUUAUUCAUUCCGAAUCACUUCUUUAAACGCACUCGGAGAAUCUUAUGAAGCAUCAAUGAUUGAAGUUACCACUAGACCUGAAGGUUAUCCACUAAUUCCACUUCCACCAGCAAUCAGUUCAGUAUCACAUCGAGCAGUCAGAUUGAACUGGUUGCCAAUAGUUCAAUGCACUUAUGGAGUGAGUAAAAUCAUAUGUUUUUCUCCAGAAAACUACUAAUUUAGAAAAAAAACAUCAUAAUUAUAUGUACAUGUUUUUGAGAUGUAUGUAAAUAGUCUAUUUUUAGAUCGAAAUGAAUGAUGUGAUAAAAGGAACAUGUGGUAUAGUCAGAGAUCGGUUAACAGGAUGUAUGAUCACAAUUGGCGAUUUAACACCGUAUGUUUUUAUUUUGAAAAACAAGUUACGAAAAAAAAACUUUUAUUUUUUUUAGAAAUUCGGAGUAUCAUUUCCGAUUGAUAGCUAGGCAUCAAGAAGGAGAGGUGACAGUUUCUGAAUGGAUUAGCAUUCGCACACACCAACAAAGAUAUCAAAAUAACUAUUCACAACCGCCACCAAGUUUGGUGCAACAAGAUAUGGCUCCAAGAGUUCCCACCAACCCAGUUUUCAUUCGAUAUGUGAAUCGGAAAACUGAAAUGGGUUGGAAAUGUUAUGGACAGAUUACCAGAGAUAAUGUUUAUAAUUUGGAAGGUGCAUCCUAUAGUCAACCCAACAAAUUUCGAUCAAUAUAUCGUGGACCUGCAUUGUCUUGUGUUAUUCAAGACGAUGAGAUUCAAUAUGUCAGAGUUCAAGCGAUAUCUAAGCGUGGAGUUGCAAGUGAUUUUUCGGAGAAGAUGGUUGUUCCGAGACCAGAUGUGUCCCGUCCAGAGAAACCGGAUAAAAUGGCGGCACCCGAAUUAACAAUGAUCAGCCGCGGGAAAUUGCAAGUGUCAUGGAAACGAAUCACCAAUAGACUUCGACCAAAAUCAGUUGUUACUUACAUGUUGCAAGAAAUUGAUUCAAGAGGCGAACCAACACCAAUUUAUAGUGGAGGAGAUGAUGAAUACAUAAUUGAAAAUGUGCCAAGUGAGACAAAAAUCACAAUGAGGAUUCGAGCAAUGGUAAUCUGGAAUGAUACAACAGUUAGUGGUGAUUGGAGUGAAACAAGAUCAAUUCAUACACCAAGAAGUCUACCUCUUCCACCGUAUGAUAUUGAAUACGUUCAAGAUAAAAAUAUGUUGGCUUGGAAAUGUAAUGAUAAAUCAUCUGAUAUGUUAUACUUUAUCGAAGUUGUUGAAUGUUCAACUGAUGAUGUCACCAAAUAUGAUACUCGUGACAAAUUCAUAUUUCUCAAAUCGCUUCACUAUGCUGAAAAAUAUUCAAUUUAUGUUCGAAGUUCUCACGGAGGUGGCGAUUGUGUAGAAGUUCAAACCUUCGAACUAGAAACCCCUGCUGAUAUUCCAUCUCAACCACAAGCUGUUACAAUUGCUGCGGAAAGCUUGCGCGCUUUGACAGUUCGUUGGACAUCUGCUGAAAAUCACGGAAGUCCAAUCAUCAGUUAUCGAUUGAUUAUAUCAAAAGAUAAUCAAUUCAUCAAAGAAGCCGCUGUUGUUGGAUAUGACAAUGAGUAUAUUUUGACAGAUUUGGAACCAAGUACAGUAUACAAGGUUGAAUUAUACGCUGAAAAUUCAGUUGGAACUGGACCAAGUGUUACUAUCAAUGGGCGGACUAAAGAAUUGCCACCAGUUUCACCAAAAUUGGAAUGUGAACCAGAAGCGACUGCAAUGCGACUUCGCUGGAAAAACACAUCAAGCGCACCUUUAGUUUACAAGUAAGAUUAAAUCCAUUUUUCAAGGGUUUGAUGAAUAAGUAAGUUUUUAGAUUGGUUCGACUACGCAACGAGCAACAAAUAACAGUGUAUGAAGGUGAAAACCUCACUUCUCGAGUCAAAAACCUAUCGCAAGAUACUGAUUACACAUUCCAAAUCAGAGCUACAAACAGGUAAAAUUGGCAAGUCGAUUUUACAUUUUCUAAAACAUCAUUUUCAGAUACACUGGAACAUCGGUUUGGUCAGAACCUACAACUUUCCGCACUUUGUUAGCACCUCCGCCAACAGUAAGAAUUGCACCAACAGCAACUCAAAGCACAACAAUGAUUGGUUAUCAUCACGUCGAAUGGUCAAACGUUCUUCCAACAAGUUCAUCUGUCAAGCAAUUUUAUCGUCUCCAAGUUGUAGAGGCAAACGAUUCUACAGCUCGAUGGCAUACAGUUUAUGAGGGACCAAAACCUUCAUUCAACUUGAAAUCAAAUAUUUAUAAAAGUGCUUUACAUUUGCGAGUAUUUUGUGUUCGAAUGGAACCGGAUGGUGAAACUAAAUCACAAACUAGUCCAGUUACUUAUAUAUUAAAUGAACAAUUGGAGUUGAAAGAAAAGGAAGUGGAGGAUGAUGAUAAUCUUCCAAAAACAUUUAUUGAUAAGAUUAAAUAUAAGUUGGAUUAUAAACAAUAUUCAUUAACAACAUCUGUAAGUUCUUCCAACAUGUUUUUUUGUUAAGAAAAAGGGGCAAAAAAAAUCAAGAUGUAGUUUUUGGAAAAAUAACUUGGGCAUUCUUGGUAUUUAGAAAAACCAAAAAACCUUCAAAUCGAAUUUUUCAGGCUCUCGUGAUCAAUACAAUUUUCCAGGCUCUCGUAUUCAUUGGUCUUAUUUGUAUCCUCUAUUUUUGCGACUAUCUAUACAAUAUAACCGAGAAUUCGGGGCCACCCACACCAAUGGCACCAAUUCAACAAACCCAAAGUACAUAUACUCCGAGUCCCCCACAACCAGCUGGUAAUGGUAUACAUGUUUCGAUAUCACAUCGAGAUCUUUAA